AUGGAUGCAAAGGGGACCCCGUAUCUGGCGGGUUUGCAGAUAUUUACAGCGGAGAAACGGAGAAUACACAGUAGCGAAAGUGAUGGUUCAUCACAGACAACUCGGUCUGCGAAAUAUGGCUUUAGUCCCUCCAACACCAGUUCUAGUGACUCAUUCCGUGUUUUUAGUCCGCUGAGGAACCUUUCUAAUUGGACUACUUCGACCGGAUAUGGAUCGACUCCUAGAGUUGUGGAUUCACCUUUAUUUCGAUCGAUAUUACCAAAACAGUAUGAUUUUUGGGAUGGUAUUGUCAAUGAGAUAUUCCAAAAUUAUCCAUCUAAAUACGAUGCUAAGUUUGUGGAAGAGUUCCAAUAUCUGAUUGUUACCUCACAUUUUUUGAAUGAUAUGAAUGGAUCCAGAUUUUCUUUAACUAAUAAGCCAUCGCCAAUAUUAAGAAAAGACAUUAAAUCGUAUAACGCUGGAAAAAUGAGCAAUAGAAUUCCUACAAAAUUUGGUAUAUUAGAGUGUUCAAACAUGAAUGAAAAAUUUAGGUUUCAUAGAACUCUUAAUUAUCUCCCCACAUUGUUAAGAAGCUAUAAGAUAUUGAGGCAUCUUCAACACCGUGCUGCUACAAAUAAUUCAUUGGAAAAAUCAAGAGUUGUUAAAAGUAUUAUAAUACUAACACUAAUAUCAUGUCACUUAGCAAUACAACAAGAGUUGUUUUACCGACAACAUAUAAAGUAUAAAAGUACCCAAAUUCUACGGCGGACCUUAGAUUCUUUGAAAAGAUUGGAUGAAUUAUUGCACAAGUUCCACCUAGGUUUAAAGGAACAAACAAUUCAUCAGCAUCUGUCAGUGAGUUUUAAUGAUUCCGAUCUUCAUUCCAUUGAACUUCAAAAAAUAUCUACACUAAAGAGCCUUUUAGCGUCAAGUCUAGAUCAAUUAUAUUUUGGUAUGAAACAUCUUGUUAAAGAAUUGUUACCAAUUUGUAAUCCCAAUGAACUAUUAAAAUACUGUGGAAUGUAUAGCAUUGACAUGUCAGAUGUGCUCUGGUCCAUCUUUGAUGUGGGUAUAACAAUGGAGGGCAAAUCGUUUAGAGCCCAUUAUUUAAAAAGAUUUGUUCUUUGUUGCCUUCUAUCUACUCAGCGGGAGGUGGGUAUAUCUACUAAUUCUGUUACAGGUGCAGGUGGAGACAUUUUAUCCCAAAUUUUUUUUACCCUUCGAGUUCAAACGAAUCCAUCUGGAAUGUAUUUCAUGUGGAAAAUUUCAAAAGAGUUGGAAAAUUGGAACAUAGUAAUAUUAUCUUUAAUAUCAAACCUAGGAAAUUACGAAUACUUACUGGAAUCGGUUACCGAACUGCAAAAUCUCGCAACUGGGCUACCGAUCACUAAAGUACAGAACACUCACCAAGAAAAGUCGAUAUGCUCCACGUUGACGUCAUUGAGAAUGAUUGAAAAACAAUUGACAACUGCGUCAUCUUUGGAACAUAUAUCAGAAGACAAGCGGUCAUUAAUUAUACACGAAUUGAAUGAGAUUACAAAACUUUUGCAAGAAACGUUGUUCGACCAUAAACUUAAAAAUGGUAUUACUCACCAUUUAGGACAAUCAUCUGUAGUGUCGACUCCAUCAGGUUCCAAGCAAGGAUUCCAUCUUGAUAUUUUUAGAACGAGUCCACACCUCACGAAGCGUAGAGUUGACCUCAGUGAAAAAUGCGAUAUCCCUGUAGUAUCUGAUGAUAUGGACAUAAACAGAAAUGAUCCUAUCAAAACCGACACUCCCACGCAUAAAUAUGAUUUAGAUAAGUUAUCAGAUGAAGAACUCAGAAGAAGACUUGAUGAGGGUAUUCAAAAGUUAUCGAUAGAAAAUAAAAAGAGUAGAGAAAACUUGCGAACGAAGAAAUCGAUUGAACUGCUAAGACAUCAAGCACGAUUUGACUCGUUGUCCAAUGAGGGCAGACCUCUUCAUGAUAAUCAAAAAUAUUAUCCGCUUAAUGAAGAGUGCAUCCCAAUAAUUUAUGAACUUGAGAACCUUAGGGAAAAUUAG